AUGAGAUCUUCAUUCAUUACCCUCACCUAUUUCGCCAGCACUGCUAUCCAAGCAGUCCAAGCAUCCAACUUCUGGCGUCUACCGUGCAAAAGCCGCACUGUUGCCGCUCGUAUAGACCCUAUCAUGUCCCCUGGCGAAAUCAACAGCCACUUACACACUAUCUUCGGCUCAGGAGGCUUCUCCCCUAACGUCACACAAGACGACCUCCUCCAGUCAUCCUGCACAUCCUGCGCAGUCACCCAAGACCGAUCCGCCUACUGGGCACCACCACUAAUGUUCCUUUAUCCCAACAGAUCCAGUACUAUGGUGAACCAAGACGGUGGUAUUCUAAUAUACUACUUUGGGUAUGGCGAAAACCCACAGCCGUUCCCUCCAGGGUUUAGAAUGGUUGCUGGAGAUCAGUAUUUACGCAAUUUUACAGGCCCCGUGCCCGAUCCACCGACCUCGGAAUGGACGACAGAUCAAAAGACGCAGUUUUCUCUAGCGCAAAAGUCGUUGGGAUUUAAUUGUUUGCAUUAUCAUAGUGAUACGCAUGAGGACUCGUUGUAUAGGCAUACUUUACCUGAUAAGCAGUUCCUGGACGAGAAUUGUUCCGACGGAUUGAGAUUGGAGCUUAUGUUUCCUUCAUGUUGGAAUGGGGUUGAUAUUGAUUCAGUCGAUCAUAAAUCGCACAUGGCCUAUCCAGAUCUUGUCAAGGAUGGGACUUGUCCGGAGGGAUUUGCGACAAGAUUGAUUAGUCUGUUUUAUGAGACGAAGUAUGAUACUCAGGAUUUUAAAGGGGUGGAUGGACAGUUUGUGCUUGCUACGGGUGAUCCGACGGGGUGCGGAUAUCAUGGUGAUUUUAUUCAGGGAUGGCAGCCGGAUUUCCUUCGGCAAGCGAUGGAUGAAUGUUCUAAUCCUUCUGGGGAGGUAUCGGAUUGCUCUUUGUUUACAUUACAGAGUGAUGAGGAUGCAUCAGCUUGUCAGGUCCCCGUUCCAGAGGAACUGACGGCUGAGAAUCCGUUCUUCAAUGGUGAUGGCUUAUUGGGCGAUGUGCCCGUCCAAGAAGGGCCGGAAAAGGCUGCGCCUUAUGGAGCUGAGUUGCUGGAUUUGACGGAUCAUUUGCCCGUGCCUAGUAUUGGGGUUGUUGAUGAUGUUGCUCGUGUUGUGGGGGGAUUAGUACCUACUCCUGCCACAUCACCUGCUCGUUUUGAUUCGAGAUCUGCGAAGUGUGAGAGGGACGUUGUGACUGAAACGGUUGUUGUUGAAGUUCGAAAUCCAGCUACUGCUACUGCAUUGCACAAACAGGAGCAUUGGCAUCAUGAUCAUAAUCAUCGGAUAUAG